AUGGUGUUAGAAUUAGAGAUAUUCUUUGUUUUUGGAACCCAGUCACAAGAGAAUAUAAAAAAAAUACGCGAAUCACCAAUUGAACUUGAGGAUUUCAUUUUAUACAUAAAUGCUUUAUGCUAUGAUCACAAAAAUGAUGAUUACAAGUUUGCAAUAGGAGUAAAACAUUUUGGAAGCUGGGGGAGUACUCUAGUCCAAGUCUAUACGUUAUCAUCAAAUUCCUGGAAGACAAAAAAGACCAUAACGAAUUGGUUUCGUGCUGAAACAGCUGGGGUGCUGGUUAAUGGAGACCUUCAUUGGUUAGUAACGGCUCCAUCCAACUCUGUCAUCAUGCUCUCUCUGAAUAUCAGCGACGAGAGUUUCAACAAAAUGCAACUACCAGAAGGACUUCCGGAGAAGAAGAUCAAUCUAUCUAUGGAUUUGGGAGUCUUGCGAGGGUGCCUUUGCGCACUUUCCAGAUACAUUAAUGUGAAGAUUGGUUUUGAAGUCUGGGAGAUGCUGGAUUAUGGAGUAUGUCAUUGCCCAUCGAAAAAUGGGUCAUUUGCCCAUAACUCAUAA